AUGGUGACUUGGUCCUUCACGACGGCCCUUAGGGCUGUUGGGGUUGGCCUCUUGCUCGCUGCCAAUGGCGCUGUGGCUACACAGGGAUUCAAAAGUUCCGCCAGUCCAGGCUACAACAGCAUUGAUGUCUGCCCAGAGCGAUGCAGUGUUUCCGGGCCGAACACCGGAAACUGGUCUGUGUAUCCUGACUUCAAGAAGAUCAAGAAAUGCAAAGAGACGAUGUUUUACGAGUUUUCUCUGUACGACCCUGUUGACAACCGGGAUGUGAAUCACAAGAUUCAUGCUUGCUCGUCUUUCGGUCCUGACUUUUCUGAGAUCCCCGCUUCAACCAUGCGGGUAGCUUCUGGGAAGUUUGUUGAUGUUGAGUUCGAGGUGGGCUGGUGGGAGGAAGGGUUUGGGCUUGCAACUUCCGGGCUGCGGUCUCUCGUCAAGCAGGUUCGUCACUAUGUUGAGAAGGGCCAUGGAGCCACAGAUAGACCUUUCAUCAUGUACGGCCAGUCGGGUCAGGCUACUGUUGGUCUCUAUAUUGGCCAGGGUCUGCUGAACCAAGGCCUUGCUCAGUCCGCCUUGAAGCUCUUCCAAGAUAACAUGGACAAUCUCACCGUGUCCGCACCGAGUUUGGCCAUGCAGCUCUGCGAGCAAAACUACGACAGCACCCACAUUUUUGGAAUCAUUGCCACCAGCAAUGGCACGUUUACUCCCAUCCAGGAAGCCAUCAAGUCUUGGUCUAACGCAACGUGUCUAUCGUUCGAGGGGUCCACCAGGAUUCCUGGCUCCGCAAUCUUCACCACGCCGCUUAUAAACGCAAACCGCACCAUCGUCACCGCCAAAAGCAGCGCAACCACCAUGGCUACAACGGCUGUAGCCACAAAGCUCCAUGCUCGUGCUGAGUGUCGCACGGUUCAGGUAGACUCCGGCAACGGCUGUCCGGAGUUGGCUGUAAAGUGUGGUAUUUCCGCUGCCGACUUUACCAAGUACAACCCUGCCAGUAACUUCUGUUCGAACUUAAAGCCCAAGCAGCACGUUUGCUGUUCCCAGGGUACCCUUCCGGAUUUCAGUCCCAAGCCGAAUGCUGAUGGUUCAUGCUACGCGUACGAGGUCAAGGAUAAUGACAACUGCGACGAUCUGGCUACGGAGUGGAGCCUCACCAGGCAAAACCUUGAAGACUUCAACAAGAACACCUGGGGCUGGAAUGGCUGUGACCCUAUGUACUCCAAAACAGUGAUGUGCCUGAGCAAAGGAACUGCGCCAUUUCCCGCCGAGAUCGCGAACGCACAAUGUGGUCCUCAGAAGCCAGGGUCAAAGCCGCCAACCGAUGGUUCGGAUAUUUCUGAUCUCAAUCCUUGCCCGUUGAACGCCUGCUGCAACAUCUGGGGACAGUGCGGAAUCACCAAAGACUUUUGCGUCGACACCAACACCGGCCCCCCGGGAACUGCGAAGAAGGGCACCUACGGCUGUAUCUCCAACUGUGGGAUGGAUGUUGUGAAGGGCAGCGGAUCCGGCGCCAUCAAAAUUGCCUACUACGAAGGGUACAACAUGAAACGGGAGUGCCUGUUCCAGGAUGCCUCUCAGAUUGACACCUCAAAGUAUACACACAUUCACUUUGGCUUUGGCACAUUAACACCCUCCUAUGAUGUUGAAACGGGUGAUGUGCUAUCCUCGUACAAUUUUGGUGAAUUCAAGAAGCUUUCUGAUGUGAAGAAGAUCUUGUCAUUUGGUGGUUGGGACUUCUCCACGAUGCCUGAUACCUAUCAGAUUUUCCGCAACGGAGUCAAGCCUGCGAACCGGCUGGCGAUGGCUCAGAAGAUUGCAACUUUCAUCAAAGAUAAUAACCUUGAUGGCGUCGACAUUGACUGGGAGUACCCCGGCGCUCCUGACCUCCCAGAGAAUGAUCCGGGAAGUAAGGAAGAUGGUCCUAACUACCUCGCUUUCCUUGUCGUUCUCAAGAACCUCCUCCCCGGAAAAUCCAUAUCCAUCGCCGCUCCUGCUUCCUACUGGUAUUUGAAGCAGUUUCCCAUCGCGCAGAUUGGCAAGAUUGUGGAUUAUAUUGUCUACAUGACCUAUGAUCUCCAUGGCCAGUGGGAUGCCAACAGCGGCUUCUCCCAAGAAGGAUGCGACACGGGUAACUGUCUCCGCAGUCAGGUCAAUCUGACAGAGACUAGGCAGUCAUUGGCAAUGAUUACCAAGGCAGGGGUCCCCGGAAACAAGGUCAUUGUCGGUGUGACUAGCUACGGGCGAUCUUUCAAGAUGGCCGAAGCAGGAUGCCAUGGCCCUAACUGUUUAUACACGGGUGACCGGCUGAAUUCAAACGCGAAAAAGGGCAAGUGCACGGCCACAGCUGGGUACAUUGCCGAUGCUGAGAUUGCGGAGAUCUUGAACAAUCCUAAACGAGCCGUUACCGAGCACUUUGUCGACACCAGUAGCAACAGUGACAUUCUUGUCUAUGAAGGCACAGAGUAUGUGUCUUACAUGAGCGCAACUACCAAGGCCGUACGCGCCGCUCUCUACGCAGCCUGGGGUCUGGGAGGCACCUCUGACUGGGCCGUUGAUCUGCAGACGUACAAUGAGCCACCCAACCCGGCAAAGACCUGGCUUGGGUUCUUUAAACGCGUUGUCGCCGGUGAGGACCCCAAGGUGGAUGACACGCGAAACGGCAACUGGACAGACUUUGAUUGCACGCACAAAAUGGUUAUCCAUCCGACAGCGUAUUUACCCUCUGACCAGUGGAAGAAUUUGAACGCGGACGCUGCUUGGGCGGAUGUUGUCAGAAUCUGGACAGACACAGACCAGCACAAGAAGGGAGUCAAAUUCAUUCAGUCGGUCUCAGAGACCCUACAUAUGGGAAAAGGCUCCAACUGCGGCCAGCUGACGGAGGACAGCUGUGUGGCUUUGGAUUGCCCAGCCGGUGCGAACGGUGAUACUUCGGGACCCGCAGCGCAACUGAUUUGGGACUCUUUGGUAAGGAUCCACCAUCUACACAAGGACUACUACGAAACUCUGUUCCAGGCCGGGGUAAUUACCACCACGGCGCUCGAUGAUCUGGAGAAUAAAUUUGCGCCGAUCCCGCCUGAGGAGGACAAUACCUGGCUAUUACUUCUCAUUGAUGUUCUCACCCUUGGAACCCUCGGCACGGCGGCACCUUUCUUCAACACGGUUCUCAAGAAGCUCCCUUAUUUCCUCGAGAAAUCAGGCGCCCUUGACAAUUUCAAAGAUACCACCAUGACUAUGGUUGGACAGGGUACAACCAUCGCCAAGGACCUGCUACCCAGUGAUGAUCCCAAUUCCAGAUGGAACCCGCAGUCACAAGAUGCGUUUUCAAACUAUAUGGCGCAGGUUGUCGACGGCUGGGCCAAUGUCAGCUCUCUUUCACUUGAACAACUGUUCAACGGAAAGCCGAACUCGAUCAAGGUCCUUGAGGAGGUCAUGUCAAACGGGAAGCUCAUCACGGGUAAAUUCGAGCAAGACCCUCCCGAGAAGGAUGAAACGACUACUGAUAAGGACGAGCUGCGCACCAACAUUGAAAAGUGCUUCUUCGGCUAUUCCAUUCCUGCUCUCUGGCAGGCUUCGAAAGCCUACGCAUUUAUCAUCGACACAGGCCACGCCUGCGGAGGCAAAGAACUCACCGACUACCUCGCAGAUGACACCAUGAGCGCCACAGGCGCCUGUGUCGACGGGCAGCAGUAUUACCUCGUUUACCCAGAUGGCGACGCGACCAUAUGCAAACAAGUGUGCCACGACCAUGGCCCUUGCACGCGGGUAUGCACCGACAACAAAUUCUCCGCGCCCCCAGGCCUUGACUCCCUCGGCGGGGUCAGUUUCGGCGGCAUCACCACGGCCGAUCUGAUCAAGGGCUCCGUCCGCACGUGGAAGAAAAACGGCAAGGCAAAUGGCGGUGGCUUCGCGGACCCGACUGACCAAGGCACAAUCAACAACCUGAUGAACGUGGAUGUCACAACACCUGGAUUCAUGCGGAUCCCGGUCUGUAGCCCCGAGCGUGCCUUUAAAUCCUGGGACACGGCCAAGGCGGGCUCCAGUGACUAUUAUCCCUGCGAUAUCCCGCCGGGAAGGGACACCUGCGGGGACUCGACGUUUGAGAACCAGACCAGUGAUGGAUCGCCUCUUGUUGAAGACUGUCUUAUCAUCAUUAAGAAUAUCCAGGGAGACGCUAGCACCGACUAUACCACCCUGGUUGCUGGCAAGCCUCACCGCGAGGUUGCCCCGCAUGGUACUUGUGCGUUUGGGGUGGAGGCUACCAGUGUGAACGGGAAUGCGAACUUUGUUACCGGUGGGCAAGAUGUCAUUGAUAUUAUCAACGAGUCGGUCAAACGUUUUGCGAGCAAUGGCAAAGUUGGAGCAAAGGGGAAUAUGGUUUGCAAUGGCAAUAUCAAGGACCAGGCGGUUAAGUGGGGAAUUUAUUCGACUUGA